CCGGCAAACAUGGCGGAAAUUUCAUGCGAAAUGAAAGUGGGAAUUUGCUGGACAAUUUCACGAAAUUAUGAGAAUUUUUAAAGCCCAUUAACCUUCCACGCUUAUCGUCAGUUACAUUAUGGUUCCUGGAACUACGCUACAAGCGGUACCGGUUAAUGGCGAGACGGCAGAUGGCCAAAACGAUGUCGUUUGCAUCGUUCAAGAUGAGACCUCUUUCGACACUGGACCUUCGAAAUUUCACGUAAAUCUGCCUCGGUCCACAUCGAUACUCGAUCUAUACAAGAGAACGGCGCAGGAGUUUAGCUACGAAGAAGACAGCUUUCUGCUUGUGUGGAAAAAUAACAAAAGUGGGCAAAACAACGAAGUCGCAGAAACGGUUUUGAGAGAUGGCAUCGAGAAUAUGACAUUGGACGAUGUUUGUCAACCACCGGAUAAGAAAAAGCAACGCUUCUUUCUGAGGCAAAAGGAUGACAUUAAUCCGAUACGUAUUAAGAAAAGCACCCAGGUUUGUUGGUAUUUUUAUUUUGUCUAUAAAAUGAUGUGAAGAACUGGUAUAUAUGUUAGACUAGAAUAGUCGAUAGUCAUAUUCUGCUACUCAAAUAAGCAAUUCAGCGUUUUUUACGUAGUGACUUUCUUCCAUGGUUUUGUCACAGAAUAGGAAGGUAUAGCAGAAGUGUAACUCAAGCAAGUAUUUGUCCGCGUUUUUACAAGCAAUUCGUCAUCAAUCAUGCCAUCCUGGCUAGUGCAACCGGCACUUUGUACCUACCAAAACCUGAUAAAAACUUCCGGUUGUACUAGCCAGGAUGGCGUGAGCGAGUUAAAAGUUUUGUGGAGGUAAAACAAUAAAGGAACCGACUCAAGUUACAGUUCUGCUGUACCUUCCUAUUCUGUGGUUUUGUCAUGGUCGGUGGGUGGCACCGGGUGGCAGCACUUGGCACUGCACCCGCCGCGAUUCACCAAAACAAAUGCUUGCCUUAUAAUAAUAAACAUUUAUUGGAUGAGGUUUUCGUGAUAUCUAGAAUUGUCAAGGUUGAGUUAACACACUUACUUGAGGAAACCUUAGUUGAUAAUUUAGGGGCCACGUCCAUAUUCAUGUUGCCGCAAAUAACGUCAAAUUGACAUUAUUUCACCCACCCACCCACUGCAGAUAACGUCGAUCGAUAUUCAGUCGUAUAUUUGCUAAACUCACAAUUAUUGUACUUUAGUACCAUCAUUGGCUGGGAUUGUAUUUUGAAACAAUAUAUUCGGAUACUGGGGUGGUUAUUUUGGACAUUAAUUGUCAAGUUGUCACAAGAUAACAUCGACAAGUUCACAUAAAAACACAUUCAUAACAUCGAUUCAACGUUAUUUGUGGCAACAUGAAUAUGGACAUGAAUAUGUGCCACGUGGCACUUAGGAUAUCACGGAUAUCCUUGAUAAACUGGAUUCAAUGACUGUUUUAUUAUACCAUACAUUAGGUUCUUGGGAGCUUCUACACUGGUUUUGUAGAUGGAAAUUUUGGGUGUGAAUUUUACACAUUUAUCAGCCCUAACCAGGAGCUGUUGUGACUAUUGCUCUAAUCAUAUAUCUGCAACUAUUGCUCUAAUCAUAUAUCUAAUUGCUCUAACUAGCGCUCUAGUAGACCGAGCUGCAGAGAGACAAUUGUCGAACUCUAACCACAAGUUCAUGUCAGUGGCACCGUGGCCAGAGGGGGGCAUGCCCCUCCCCCGUUGUUGAGACCUGUCAGAAAAUUGGAGAUUUGUUAUGUUGUCGGAAUGGAUCAUUCCAGAAAACAUCCAUACCACCCCCACGGAGGAAAUGGGAAGUUAACCCCCCUACCCCUUUGGAUGUCCUAAUUCAUUUACUAUUAUCAGAAACAGUUUUGUCUCCCCUCCCCCUCCGGACGGCAGAAAUUUCCUCUGUGGGGUGAGUGUGGAUCUCGUCUGGAACGACCCAAUCUUUGUGGACAAGCACAGUACCUGCAAUUACGAGUGGGAAUUUUACUUCUCUUCAUUGUCUGACAAAUCAAUGCGAAACAUGUUUGAAUAAAAAAAUAUCUAGAUGAAAUAUCGGAAAUCCGACUCAGUUUACGUUUUCCCAAUAUAAGUUUAUAGAAUAGUCAAUAUUUAAUUCAAUGUGAUUUUAUAUAUUAUUUAUGUCGGAAAAAAUUGUGUUUGUCUGCCCUUGCCCCCUCCCCCUAAAACAUGGACCCACGAUGCCCCUGGUUCAUUUUUCUUUAUUCGUUACUUUUUUUCUGAUAAUUCUGAAAGUAAAUAUGUUUUUGUCUUUUUUUUUCCAUGUUUAGGAACAGAGUCCGAGUGAGAAUGAUGCCUUAGCAGAUGGCAGUGUUGCUAACAUGUUCGAUUCAUCGUCAUCGUCAGCUGGUUCCACGUCAACCACACCUUACUACGGACCGUACUCCAACACUAGCAGUAGUUACACUGAUCUUUCCAAGUCUGAUACAGGUAUAUGUAGAAUGUUACACACUUACAUGUAUAUUCUAUUGAGUGCCAGCACUCUCCCCUUGAUGAGUAAAAUUGCCUGGCAUUAGACAGAGUAAAAUAACAAAGUAGGGUGCAUUAGGCCGCAAUUACACUUAAAGUUUAACAUUGACACAUGGGCAGAUAGUCUCAUUAACCUAUUGAGUGGCAGCACGUUCCCAGCAACAAAUAGAAUUGCCUGGCAUUGGACUGAGUAUAAUAAGAGGGUGUUGAUGGGUUAUAUUGUGAAUUGUGAUUGUUCAAUUUUCUGAAUUUCGGUUACCGUCAAUCGUGAAAACACUAAAAUUUUACCGUGAAACGUAAGGGAAAAAAUACUGUUUAUCGUUUCAGAACACUUUUCAGCAGAUUCAAAGAUUUACCGUUAAAAUACCAACAUUUUUACCAUUUACUGAUUUCAAACCCCCCAUCUAGACGCUCUAAUAACAACAGCAGCCUUGCAAUUUUUGGCGGCAAAAGGCAAUUGUCCUAAUCUUAAUACCCUUUACCUAAUCCAAACACAACCUUGUACCCAGGGCCUGCUCUGGGUACGAGGUUGAUCCAAACACUAAUCCUAACCCUAAAAAUAGUAACUCCCCCUAAAACGUGACUUAUAUGUAAUAUUGAACAUAUUGUGUGUUUUAUUUUAUAUUUUAUGCAAUUUUUUGUUAAUUAAACUUAUUAAAUAAUUCGGUAAUGUUUCACGGUGAAGAAAUACAGUGUAGGGAUGAGCCGAUUAAUCGGUAAAUAAUCGGCAAAGCCGAUUAAUUAAUCGGCUGUUUUUUAAAUAAUCGGUAAUCGGCCGAUUAUUGCCUGAUAAUCGGCAAAUAAUCGGCCAUAAGACUUUUUCUGCAGCUGCCAAUCACAUGCUAAAAUACUGAAUACAAGCGAAUAGAUUUUCACAUUUUGUUGCGAAACCUGUGUCUUUUGUCUCAAGCGAAGUGAAGCUGGGAACAUUUCCACUAAAAAUACGCAGCAGACUAGCUCCGCAUAGCUGACAGUGUCUCGUUUUUACACCAUAAUCUGCCAAAACUAAACUUUGACUAUUGCCACGAGAGACUGAAGAUGUUUUUAAUUGUACAAAGUGUGUAUUGUAAACAAUAAAACCACAUUUACAACUUCAUUGUUGGUCAUCUUGUGAUUUUUCGCUUGCUUUUUAAAAUAAUCGGUGGGUACCGAUUAAUCGGCCGAUUAGUUACAAUAAUCGGCUUAUAAAUAAUCGGCCUCAGUAAUCGGCAAUUUUCCUUAUCGGCUCAUCCCUAAUACAGUGCCAAAGUUAUUGGUGUUUUAUGUAUUAUUUAAAACACGAGUAGGAGUGUUUUAUCAGAUAUAAAACGUGAGGCGCAGCCGAGCGUUUUAUGUCUGAUAAAACACGACAACAAGUCUUUUGAAUAGCUUACAAUACGACUACAAAAGAAUACUACUUAGGAUGAACCAUUAUAUAAUCAUACUAAUUAGGAUGAACAAUUAUAUAAUGCCUCAUGCUUUAUCAGAUAUAAAGUCACUCCACGUGACAUAUUAUGGCCGACAUGAUUUGCUACAAGGAAAAUGUAUGUAUUUUUCAAUUAUAAAUUGUAUUUUUCAACACUGAACCUUAAGAACUGUAUCUUAUUUCGUUUCUAGGUCAUGUUGGUCUAGUGAACCAAGCAAUGACAUGUUAUCUGAACAGUCUCUUACAGACGUUAUUCAUGACACCAGAGUUUAGAAAUGCAAUUUACAAGUAAG